CCUUCCUCAAAGACCCCAGGGUUGUUUGCGUGACGCACCAUAGCUGCUUCUGCCUGAUCCAACCCACCCUCACUUCACCCGCCAUCUGCGCAACCUUCAAACUCAGUGCACGCAGCCACCUGCUUUCACCACAUCUACAAUCAACAACGACAGAUCUUCACCGCGGUAGCAUUCAUGGGUUGGUGGGGUUACGGUCUCUUCGAGUCGGACAACGAUGCCGAUAUCGUCAGUGAGCUAGGUCACGACCUCGGUCUUACUAAGCUUGAGGAGGAGAUGCAGGCUGCUGCAAAAGCUGCAGGCAAGAGCGAAGAGGAAAUCAACAGCAUUUAUCUCUCCAUCUGCGGCGGCAGCUCUCACGCCGAUGUCGUACGUGAGCACCUGGACUCUGGCGCCCUGACCGACCUCAUCAAGGUCAUGGAGACUAAGAUGCUGUCCUUUCCAGAUGGCAGCCAGGACCAAUUGCUUGAAUACAUGUUCCGCGACCCAUGCUACUGUUACGUUCUUCUCGGCGCCUGUGCGAUGACCCUCGGCUGUCGCCUUCCAGAGCCCUAUCUCGACAUGCUCAGGGUCGUCUUUACUGAAGGUGGCCUCCUGCCAGAUGCGCUCAAACAAAUGCACAAGGCACUUUUCGGUCCAGGCGGAUACAAGGACGGCGAGCCUUACGAUUUCGAAUCAAAGGGCCUCGUCGAAACUGCCAACGCUAUUGGUGAUGACUCUGACGAGGAGCCCGGCGGUCCCGGAUGGAAGGGAAUGAAUGUGAUGCCCCCAGGAGGCAUAUUCAACACAGGCAGGUCCACUAGUUCGAUCACCAUGAAGGAGCUGCGCAACAAGGUCCACAACCCGGAUGUGUGUGCCGAGUGCUAUGCUCGUCAUGGAGAAGGCGGCACUGCGCUCCUCCUGUGUAGCAAAUGCAAGGGCCGGAAGUACUGCUCUACUGGAUGCCAGAGGGAGCACUGGAAGGUCCACAAGAAGAUCUGUCGAUCAGAGAAACUGGGCUUGUCGAGUCCCUAGGCUCAGUCCACAGCUCUUAGCCUGGGAGAAUGGGGCCUGAUGUUCAGAAGACUUCAGCAGUUUGUUCUCGUUCGUGGGAGAUGUAGGACGUAUCCGAGCUUCAUUGCGGCUGUUCUAAUUGUAGCGCUUCAUACCGAUGGGAUCUUCUGCACGCUGAUGGCGUUGUCAUUACAGCUCUUAUAAUUUACAAUGCGCGCAAGGACGCGU